GGCUUGACUUCUAUAAUCGCGACUGGUAACGUUCUUUUUCAUAUCUCGUGUAGAUCACUUAAAUUGUAGCACGCUUUUGCACGCUAUACAAACCAUGAGCGAUUCGGAGGAUGAUGUCCCGCUGAUGCAGCGCGCGGCGGCCCCAUCGGCAAAGUCCACGCCCAAGACUGCUCCAAAAGCAGCUGCCAAGCCGGCGGCUGCACGGCCUCAAAGCAAUGGACGUAAAGCUGCAAGUAAAAAGCCAGAAACAGAAGACGAGGAUGAUGUGGAAAGCGAGGAGCCCGCCAGCAGCUCAGAAAGCGAGGAGGAGAGUGAUAGCGAUAGCGAUGUACCGCUUGCUUCCCGGCGCAAGAGCAAGUCGCCCAGCGGUGGUGCAAAACGCAAAAGAGCGACUCCAAAAAGGGAGAGCGCGUCUGCUAAGCGCUCAAAGCGGGAGCCGGGCAGCAGCAAAACUGGGCAAGUGAUGUGGAAAACGCUCCGGCACUGUGGCGUGCUGUUCCCACCGGAGUACGAGCCACAUGGCGUCAAAAUGCUGUACGACGGCCGGCCUGUGGAUCUGACGCCGGAUCAGGAGGAGGUGGCCACCAUGUUUGCGGUUAUGAAGGACACGGACUACAUGAAUAAGCCCAUCUUCCUAAAGAACUUCUGGGAUGGCUUCAAGGAGAUCCUGGGGCGGAACCACGUGAUCAAGUCGCUCGACAAGUGCGACUUCACCCCCAUCUACGACUGGCACAUAGCGCAGCGGGAGGCCAAGAAGAACAUGAGCAAGGAGGAGAAGGACCGGUUAAAGAAGGAGCGGGAGGAGAAGGAGGCCAAGUACAAGGUGGCGUACGUGGACGGGCGCUGCGAGCCGGUGGGCAACUUCCGAGUCGAGCCGCCCGGCCUGUUCCGAGGUCGCGGAGAGCACCCCAAGAUGGGGAAGAUCAAGCGGCGCGUGUACCCGCGCGACAUCACCAUCAACAUUGGCGAGAACGAGGCCGUCCCGGAGCACCCCUACCCGGGGCAGACGUGGAAGGAGAUCAAGCACGACCACACCGUCACCUGGCUGGCCUACUGGAAGGACACCAUCUCCUCCAAGGACUACAAGUACGUCUUCCUGGGCGCCACCUCCACCUUCAAAGCGGACAGCGACCUGGCCAAGUACGAGAAGGCGCGCAAGCUGAAGGAGAUCAUCGUGGACGUGCGGCGCAACUACGAGCGCGACUGGGACAGCUCCGACCACCGCAAGCGGCAGAUGGCGGUGGCGCUGUACUUCAUCGACAAGCUGGCGCUUCGUGCGGGCCACGAGAAGGAUGAGGACGAGGCGGACACGGUGGGCUGCUGCACGCUCAAGGUGGAGAACAUUGAGAUCGAGGCGGACAACAAGGUCAAGUUUGACUUUCUGGGUAAGGACUCGAUCCGCUACGAGAACGUGGUGGAGGUGCACCCCAAGGUCUACAAGAACCUGGAGAAGUUCCGGCGGAUCGACUCAACCGGCAAGAAGAAGCAGGGCAGCGACCAGCUGUUCGAGACGUUUGACGCGCAGGACCUGAACAAGGAGCUGAAGAACAUCAUGGACGGGCUGAGCGUCAAGGUCUUCCGUACCUACAACGCCUCCAUCACGCUGGACCGGCUGCUUGCGGAGCUGGAGGCAUCCAAGAAGGGGAAGGCGGCGCAGACGGUGGACGAGAAAAAGGCGGACUAUGACAUUGCCAACAAGGAGGUGGCCAUCCUGUGUAACCACCAGCGCUCCGUGCCCAAGACGCACACCAACCAGAUGGAGAAGAUCCAGGAGAAGCUGCAGCUGCUCAACACCGAGCUGAAGGAGCUGGAGGAGGAGCUUGCGGCCGCGCAGAAGGGCAAGAGCGACAAGAAGAGCAGCGUGGAAUCGCUGCAGUCCAAGAUCGCCAAGAAGAAGCAGGCGAUCUUCAAGGUGGAGCUGCAGGCGCGCUCGAAGGAGGACCUCAAGACGGUUGCCCUGGGCACGUCGAAGAUCAACUACAUGGACCCGCGCAUCACGGUUGCCUGGUGCAAGCGCAACGACGUGCCCAUCGAGAAGAUCUUCAACAAGAGCUUGCUGGGGAAGUUCAACUGGGCGAUGGACGUUGAGCCGACCUUCCGGUUCUGAGGGGUGGCACGGUGUUUGGUGUGCUGCUGGGAAGCAGCGGCGAGUUGUAACGGGUUGUGGUUUUGUGGGUGGUGUGGACGGGUGUUGUUGAGGUGGUGACAGCGUGAUCAGUGCGGACGACGAGCGAGGGCUGGCCGAUGGUUGUUACUUGGUGUGGGGAGUACUUUCGCGUGCUGGACUAUUCGUGCUUGAGAGGAUACUUUGUUUGGGCUCUGGAUUUUGGUGUCAGUUAUCCGCACGAGCUCUUGAGCGCUCUUGUUGGCUAUACCGGUACGGCACCUUGCAUUACUGGGCUUCGCUGUAAGUGGUGUCCUGAACCGAAAGAAGGUAUACUUCUUAAGGAUAGAAGAGAUACAUACGAUGACCGCAAACAUCCCUUGACACAGCAACCAUUUAGCGAACUACGCUUUCUGGCGGUUGCUCGGUGGCACCCUUCCUUGCCCACGCUCCUUGUAACAUAUUACACCAUAGACGGCUUUCUUAUUGGUUGAACACGUGUUAAGCCCGCGGCUUGCCGGGCGGAGCGGGUGAGGCGGGGUCCUGGAGUAAAAUCCGGGAGCGCCAGCAAUGAAGCAGUUUUUCAGAGGACUAAGGGGCGGAGCUGAAACACGGUCUCCAGAGAGCGGCGGCGGAGAGGAUGCGGCGUCGACCGAACCAACCGAACAGAAUCGUGCGGCUGCGAGCACCGUAUCGCAGCAGGGACAAGAGCCUGAGCAAAAGCCCCAGGCUCCUUCAAGCUUUUAUUGCCCUAUUUCCAUGGAGCUGAUGGUGGAUCCAGUGAUGGUUGCAACCGGGCACACAUAUGACCGGCAAUGUAUAGAAAAGUGGCUUGCACAGGGAAAUCGAAGCUGCCCGGUGACAGGCAUGCGCCUUAGGCACUUGGAGCUCACUCCCAAUUACGCUCUACGGACGGCGAUCCAGGAGUGGGCAACGGCGCACGGUAUUACCCUUAACACCGGUGGAAGCAAGCUUAACAUGCCCUAUCGGUACGAGGACGAGCCGCAGAACAUCCUCCAGGGCCACGAGGAGAUUGUGUGGGCAGUGGAGGUAUGCGGCCGGCGACUGUUCUCCGCGUCUGCGGACAAGACGAUCCGCGUGUGGGACAUCGAAUCCCGGCGGUGUGAGCAGGUGAUGGAGGACCACACCCGGCCCGUGCUGUCGCUGUCGGUGGCGAACGGCAAGCUGUUCUCCGGGUCCUACGACUACACCAUCAAGGUCUGGGACCUACAAACGUUACAGCGGAUUAAGACGCUGACCGGGCACACGGACGCGGUGCGCGCGCUGGCGGUGGCGGAGGGGAAGCUCUUCUCCGGGUCGUACGACAGCACGGUGCGCGUGUGGGACGAGAACACGCUGCAGUGCCUGGAGGUGCUCAAGGGGCACAACGGCCCGGUGCGCACGCUGGUGCACUGCUGCAACAACAUGUUCUCCGGCUCGUACGACCGCACCGUAAAGGUGUGGGACUGCGAGACGCUCAAAUGCAAGGCGACGCUGACGGGGCACUCGGGUGCUGUGCGCGCGCUGGUGGCCUCCCCGGACAAGGUGUUCUCGGGCUCGGACGACACCACUAUCAAGGUAUGGGACGCGGAGACGCUGCAGUGCCUCAAAACGCUGGAGGGCCACGACGACAACGUGCGUGUGCUGGCGGUGGGCGACCGGCACAUGUACAGCGGCUCCUGGGACAAGACCAUCCGCGUGUGGUCGCUGAGCACUCUGGAGUGCGUCAAGGUGCUGGAGGGGCACACGGAGGCGGUGCUGGCGCUGGCGGUGGGCAACAACGUGCUGGUGUCCGGGUCGUACGACACAACGGUUCGGUUUUGGGACAUCAACAACAACUACCGCUGCGUACGGAAGUGCGAUGGGCAUGAUGACGCGGUACGGGUGUUGGCGGCGGCGGAGGGGCGCGUGUUCUCGGGGUCGUACGAUGGGACGAUAGGCAUAUGGUGAGAGGAGGUGGCGACGAGGUGUGUGUAGAAUUAAAGCUGUGUUGUACUUUUAUUGAUUUGUUCUCGCUUGUGCGACGACACGGGCUGAGAGUGUUAGGUGGGUCGUACGCGGGGCGCUCACGCAUGAGGAAACCUAGGCCGCAAGACCCUGGUGUCGCUUGUGCAUCGGGCUUGCAUCGGCAUAAUACACGUGAAAGUAAACGAGAUGUUGUUGAGACGAACGGGUAAUAUUAGCUGCGUUGCAGGUGGGAACCGAAGUAGGUCGGCUGGUUUCCAGGCCCCGUUGGGUAGGGAGGUACGACGAUUCCAAAACGUACGAUAUGUCCUAGGUUUUCGUUCGUACGGCGCUAGUUGGGUGAAAUGCUUUGCGGGAAUGCAUUGCACGCGUAGUAGGCCCAACCAUGCAUAGGCCUGCUUAGACCCUUAAGGCCUUUUGGCUUCCUUGGUGGCAUCCUGCUGUUGACCACUGUUAGGUUCACUGGCUUUGUGGUGGGUCACAUCCUCGCUUUCCCUCGUGCUGGGUUGAAGUGGGCUUUCCUAGCAACCUGGAGUGGGCAGGCAGGACCCCCGGGGACUCCUUAGCUUCCAUGCAUGGACCUUGGGGCUGUAGGUUGCCUCCGGGCUGUUGACGCAUGACUCAAUUGUACUGGAAGGCUAAGCAGAGUAUUGGUGUGUGAAGCUGUCUACAAGGAAUGCUCGGCUUGCGGUGUGUACCAAAGCUAAGUACAAAGUUGGCUGUGUGUGAGGUUGGUGCCUAACGUUUUGGGGUUCUCAUCGUGUGGUGUGCGAGAGAGACAAUAUUGGUGCGUUUCUUUGUUUGGUGUUUGGCAUCCGAUGUCAGGUGCAUGUUCCUGAGGCCGACAUGGCUCGAACGAUUGCGGCAUAUUAACGAAACAAGGAAAGCAUUGGUAGCAGCGGUGCUGACGCUCUGUGAACGAAGCAGCUGCAGCAGCAAGGUGCUUGUGGUGGGGACUCGUAGCGUUUUUGGAACCCAAAAACCUAUCUGGCAAUGGGUAGGAUCCUGGCAACGGUUGGUAGGAGCAACGUGCCAGGUUGAACAGAGCUGGCCAUGACGACUAUGUACGUGUUGCAUUUCGUAGAUUCGUCUUCCCUAAGCCAUGCCGUAGCAUCCUAGGUGAUCUGUCUUCCCUAAGUCAUGGAGUAGCAUCCUAGGUUGAGGAUCACUUGGCAUCAGGCAGACAUGCGCAUUUGGCCAUCUGGACCGUACCAUGUGCCAUACAGCCACGUUUGUAAACCUGAAUAAUGGCACCG